UCGAUUAUCCCAAAAACGUCCACCUCUAAUUCUGCGAAUACAGAAAGAAAAAAAUUGUAAACAGUAAUUAGUUUACAAUUCAAGGGAUAGAAUUUAUUCAAUUAUUUAAAACUUCACAUCGGAGGACACGCUGAGCUCCGUCCCCGUCCUUGUCAUGCUAACUUUGCUGACAUUGUUGCACCCCUAACACAAAUUUUCACAAAAGAAAAUCUUAUCGGCCGACGACAUGCCGUGUUGGUACUAUGACAAAAAGGAACUUCGUGAGACACCUUCGAUCCUAGACGGAAUCAGUUUCGAGACUGAGCGGCGCUAUCGAAAAGAAGGCGCCCGCUUUAUUAUGGAGUGUGGCACGAAAAUGGGCCUGGGCCACAACACAAUGGCCACCGGCGUAGUGUACUUUCACCGCUUUUACAUGUUCCACUCGUUCCGAAGCUUUCCACGCUAUGUGACUGCCUGCUGUUGCCUUUUCUUCGCCGGCAAAGUUGAGGAAACGCCUAAAAAGUGUCGCGACAUUAUUAAAACGGCGCGCGGAAUACUAAGUGACAAUUACUUUUAUUCCUUCGGUGAGGAUCCCAAGGAGGAAGUGAUGACGCUAGAGCGAAUCCUGUUGCAGACUAUAAAAUUUGACCUGCAGGUGGAGCAUCCGUACACGUUCCUGCUCAAGUACGCUAAAUGCUUUAAAGGAGACCAGCAAAAGCUUCAGAAGAUGGUCCAGAUGGCGUGGAAUUUUGUUAACGACUCGCUUAGCACCGUGGUCUGCCUACAGUGGGAGCCAGAGAUAAUUGCUGUGGCACUCAUCCACCUGGCAAGCAAGCUCAGCAAGUUCACCGUGCAGGACUGGGACGGCCGUCAGCCGCAGCACCAGCGGUGGUGGGACAUGUUCGUCUCUGACGUGACAAUGGAAAUACUGGAAGACAUUUGCCACCAGGUGCUAGACCUAUAUCAGUCCACCCAGAAGGAGGCCCACCAACCUGGUAGUCCGCCCCAGAAGCCCCCCAGUCGGGCGGAUAGUCCCACGCUGGGCAAGCCGACAAGUCAGUCUGGAGGCCUUGUAGCACCUGCCGCACAAGCACAACCGCCACCACCUCCACCUGCAGUCAGUGGCAAUGGUAGCCUGCUGGAUGUCAACAAUAUUCAGAUCAUAAAGUCGCUGGCCAGCGCAGUGCCCGGCUUGGGUUCCUCUAGCGACUCUAUGCCGUCCCUUCCACAUGGUCAGGGAACAGGCGGUUAUCAUCUGUAUCAUGCUCCUCCUCCACCGCCACCACCAGUAGUGCCUAUGCCCCCUACCCCGGCUCCCGGCUGGGGCGUCCAGCAGCAGCCGCUGUUAACGCACUAUGGCGCCGCGACAGUGGCCCCUCCUCCGCCGAUACCUCCUGCCACUCUACCGCCUGGACCCGGUGGCGGGGGCUAUUACAAUGCCGGCGCACGCCAGCAGCGAUACUAGAUCAGAUUAUUAUCGGCUUACAGAUUAUGCAAGGUUAAUAAUUAAUAAAACACAAUUUUAUUAAAAAC